CAGACCUUCAGCACCUACUCAGACCACCAGCCUGGUGUCCUGAUCAAGGUGUAUGAGGGAGAGAGGGCCAUGACAAAAGACAACAACCUGCUGGGUAAAUUUGAGCUGACAGGAAUCCCACCUGCACCACGUGGAGUCCCGCAGAUUGAAGUGACCUUUGACAUCGAUGCCAAUGGAAUCCUAAAUGUGUCUGCGGUGGACAAAAGCACUGGAAAAGAGAACAAGAUCACCAUCACCAAUGACAAGGGCAGACUGAGUAAAGAGGAGAUUGAGAGGAUGGUGCAGGAAGCAGACAAAUACCAAGCUGAAGAUGAUCUGCAAAGAGAGAAGAUUGCUGCCAAAAACUCUCUGGAGUCUUACGCCUUCAACAUGAAGAACAGUGUGGAAGAUGAGAACCUGAAAGGAAAGAUCAGUGAGGACGACAAGAAGAAAGUUAUUGAGAAAUGUAACGAGGCUGUCAGCUGGCUAGAAAACAACCAGCUGGCUGAUAAGGAGGAGUAUGAACAUCAGCUGAAGGAGCUGGAGAAAGUCUGCAAUCCAAUCAUCACUAAACUGUAUCAGGGAGGGAUGCCAGCUGGAGGCUGUGGAACUCAGGCACGUGGAGCAUCAGGGGCCGGUGCUCAGGGGCCCACUAUUGAAGAGGUGGAUUAAAAUACCUCAGGAAUGGAAUGGUCCAGGGACUGAUAAAACUCUUUUCUCUUUGACUCUAUCUUCUUUUUUUCUCUUUUUUCUUCUCUAAUUGCACAUUAUAUUAGUUCACUCCAUUUUGCUACUGUUAAACUUGACAUUACUUAGUCAAUAUGUUUUGACUUAAAAAUAAGCUUGGAAUUUUAUAAGAUGUGAUUUUUAAUGAAUUAUACAUGUUUUUUACUGUUACAUGUUGACGAAUGUUGUGGUGAAACUGUAAAUAAAAUUGUUAAUAUUUUAAA